GUCAGGUCACAUGACACUGUUGUCAGCUGGGCAGGACGUCGCAAAGAUGGUGGUCUUCAGUGUGUAUGUGGUGAACAAGGCUGGAGGUUUAAUUUACCAAUAUGACAACUAUGUCCCGAGGGCGGAGGCCGAGAAAACAUUUAGCUAUCCUUUAGAUUUAGUGCUGAAGCAUCACGACGAAAAGGUCGUCGUGUCGUUCGGACAGCGGGACGGAAUCAGAGUGGGCCAUGCAGUGCUGUCCAUCAAUGGAGUUGAUGUGAUGGGCAAGAACACAGCAGAUGGAAAGGACAUCCUUGAAUACUUAAAGGAUCCUGCAAAUUACCCGGUGUCGAUUCGCUUUGGAAGGGCUCGUCUGAGCUCCAAUGAGAAGCUGAUGCUGGCAUCCAUGUUUCACUCAUUGUUUGCUAUAGGUUCACAGCUGUCCCCUGAAGUUGGCAGUUCAGGGAUUGAGAUGCUAGAAACUGACGUCUUUAAGCUCCACUGCUUCCAGACUCUGACAGGAAUUAAGUUCAUCGUACUGGCGGACCCUCGUCAAUCUGGUAUCGAUGCUCUACUAAGGAAGAUUUAUGAGAUCUAUUCAGAUUUUGCCCUCAAGAAUCCGUUCUAUUCUCUGGAAAUGCCAAUCAGGUGUGAACUCUUUGAUCAGAAUCUGAAAGGUGCUCUGGAGAUUGCUGAGAAAGCUGGAAACUUUGGAGCUGGCUCUUGAGCCAGAGGAUGAGAUGAAAGAUACUGUAAUAUCUUUCACAACAGGUUCACUGACUUUAUAUGACUGUGGUUCAACUUCACUUGGUUUUUUUUUGCCCAGAUGCUAUCAAACCGGCAGUUAACACAUUGUAAAUACGUCAUGUUUUGUAAAUACUUUGAAGAUUAAAUUACAUGCGGUAUGUAAACUUUU